AUGUCAGGUCUAUACAACGAAACUGUUACCUAUCGAUGCCUGGAAGGAUUCUAUCACAUGUCUGGAGACUUUAUAAGACAGUGUACACAGACUGGACGAUGGAGUGGAACGAGACCUGUCUGUGGCAAGUGCUGUGUAUGUAAAAACACAUAUAUUCUUCCAAAUGAUACAGAAGCAAUAGAAGCCAGUGUAAAGAAAAUAAAAUCUGAACUUUCCAUCAAAACAAACGAAACAUCCAUAGCUCAACGCAAGAAAAUAAGUGCCGCUGAUAACCGACCAUCAGCCACAGCAGUAGGCAGUGUAUUAGGAGGAGCAUUGUUGGGAAGUCUUGUGUUACUUAUUGUGGUUAGUGAUGCAGCUGUAUUGCUAAGUCACAUUAAAAUGGCGGUUCACAACAUAAGAAAAAAGACUUAUUCUGAAGAUUAA